AUGUCAAACACUGCGAAUACAGCCUUGGUCAUCGGUGGCACGGGUGCUCAGGGAAUACCGGUCGUCAAAGCGUUGGCAUCUGGUUUGAAAUACACCGUCCGGGUCCUGACUAGGGAUUCCUCUUCGGAAGAAGCAAAAGAGCUCGCUGCAAUCCCCGGUGUGUCGAUAUUUGAGGGGGAGACCCACGAGCCCACCCUGCGGGAGGCAUUUAAAGACAUCUCCUAUGUCUUCGCUAAUACUAAUGGCUUUGCCAUUGGUGAGCAGGCUGAGAUAUACUGGGGCAUUCGGCUCUACGAGCUAGCUCGAGAAUUCGGCGUAAAGCAUUUCCUCUACGCUGGUCUCGAAUAUGCCUCAAAGCUUGGGAACUUUGACCCCAAAUAUCGGACUGGGCAUUUGGACAGGAAAGGGAAAGUGGUUGACUACCUUUCUGCUCAGCCAACUACUCCUAUGGCGUGGUCUGUCCUGACAUCAUGCUUAUAUGUUGAAGGCCUCUCGGAGAUCCUACGGCCUUUCCCGGAUCCGAACGACCCUGACACGAUGGUCUUUGCAGUGCCCUUGGGGGAUGGAAAAUGCCCUCUUAUCUAUCUUGAGGACUAUGGAGCCUACGCCCGAUGGAUACUUGACAACCCCUCCCAGAGUAACGGCCUCGAAUUACAUGUGGCCACGGAGGACAUCGCGUGGAAAGAUGUCGCUGCGGCCUUUACGGCAGUGACGGGCAAGAAGGCGGUCUAUAAGGAUGUGACCUUGGACGAAUAUUUCCAAUUAGGAGUGUUCCCAAACCCAGAUGUGAAACUGGGCCAUUCCGCCGUCCUGAUGAUCCUACCCUCUAACCUGAGCAAGAGGGAUUAUCAGCUGUUGGAUGAAACCCUGCCAACCAGAGUGAAGAGUGUGAGAGAAUGGAUGGAGAAAACUGGAUAUACAGGGAAGCCUGCGUCGGUUCUGAAAGACCAUCGCGCUGGUAAAGUCUAA